CUCAUGGAACUUCCAGACAUUGGAAAGCAAUGCACCUACGCUAGCUGCUCUCAGCUAGUCUUAGAUUUUUUACCUUAUACUUGCUAUCAUUGCAAGCACAUUUACUGCCAAGAACAUUUCAAAUUAGAGGAUCAUCAGUGCCCUAGCCUAAAUGACCCUAGCUUGGAUGUACGUGUUCCUACCUGUCCUAUAUGCGAGAAGCCUGUUUCUGUACCUAGAGGAGAGGAUCCUAAUAUAAAGGUUAAUCAGCAUAUUCAAAAUAACUGCGCCAGUCCAAAACCACUAGACAAUACAUGCAAACUCAAGGGCUGCAAGCAGAAAUUAUUGGUGCCAAUGACCUGUUCCGAUUGCAAGCUGUCAUAUUGUGUCAAGCAUCGAUUAGGGAUUGAUCACCAAUGCCCAGGAAAA